AUGUUACGGUGCAGCUACAGUGGCAGUGAUGUAGUCAUCCACUGGACUCAGGUAUCAGCAGGAGACCUUAAUGUCCACUCAUUCUACAAUAACCAAGACCAGCUCAAACUCCAGAGUGAGCGCUUCAGAGGCAGGACAUCACUAUUCAAUGACCAGAUCGCCGCAGGAAACGCCUCACUGCAGCUGAAAAUGGUGGAGGUUCAGGAUGAAGGCAGAUACAAGUGCUACACCAGCACUGACGGAGGAAACCAAGAAUCAUUUAUUAACCUAAAGAUAAAGGAUACUGAAGUGUCCUGUGUUUAUAUGGAGAACUGCACAUUGCCAUGCAGCUAUGAGGGUGCUGAUGUAGUCAUUCACUGGCAUCAGGUGUCAGCAGGAAAUCUUCCCGUUCACUCAUUCUUCCACAAUCAAGACCAGCCAGGAAACUCGGCCCAGCGCUUCAAAGGCAGAGCAUCAACCUUCAAGGACCAGAUCUCCAGAGGAAACGCCUCAGUCCUGCUGACAGGAGUGAAGCCUCAGGAUGAGGGCAGAUAUAGAUGCUACACCAGCACCAUCAAUGGAAACAUGGAGUCAUUUAUCAACCUAAAGGCAGAUGCUCCAGUCCAUAAAGUCGACGUUUACCAGGGAGAAAACGGGAUCACCUGCAGGUCAGAGGGGAUCUAUCCAAAGCCUGAACUCACCUGGUCCACCAGCCCUCCAUCCAGUCUGACUUUCAAAAACACCACCACAGUCAACCAGACUGAACAGCAGCUUUACAACAUCAGCAGCUCUCUGAUCCUUUCAGGCAGUGAUCACGAUCUGAACUUCAGCUGCACCGUCAGCACUCGCAGAAACAGGAAGAGUGUAGCUUUUCUGAAAAUGCGUAAGCAGUGA